GGCCUUCAAACUGGGAGCGGUUCUCUCCCUCUCACUCUCUUUAAAAGAACGAAACUCGAUAAAGAAAAAAAAGUCAAUCUUAAUUCCCAUGUCCUCUCUGCAACGUUAGCCAUUGAAUUGAAAUUUGAUGGCUGAAAAUUCGUCGGCUCCGCGGCGGCAAACUCCUUCUCCUCCAUCGCCUUACGUGGAGGUGAAUUGCAGAAGCUCCGGCAAGACCCGGCGGUUCGCGGCAGGCACCGAGGCGGGGUUCGCGGUGGCACUGAUGAAUCGGAAGCUGAAGGGAGCGGUGGUGGCUGCGUCGCACAUAGAAGCAGUGAAGGAUGGGGAAGAACCAAUUGCUUUUGGCCCCACUUCGUUUCUUUCCAACUUCGGUGACGGUUGGAAACUCCAAACUGUUACCCUACCUGACCUUUUCUCAGAAGUGGGGAAUGUACAAUUUCAACGGAUGGCAAUGCAGACACCUCCAGGACCAGUUUCAGGUGUUCCAGGUCCUGCAAAAAGUGUAUCCAAUCCUAUCAGCUUUGUAUAUCUUGUUAAAAUAAUAUUUGCUUUUAUUUUGAUUUUCUUACUCGGUACAAUUUUCACUUUGUUUCUCGAUAACCUUCCUGCAUUCAUAUUGUUUCUUAAGUCAAUAAUCUAGUGCCUUUUUAUUUUUAUUGCUUGAAAUGUAUAUAUGCAUCAAGCAAGUGGUUCAAUCUAUGUAACCUUUUUGUCUAGGACUAGAAUUCAAACUAUGGAAGUAGACGAUGGCAGAAACUGAACUAUGGGAUCAUCUUAUCUCCAACAUUUCAUAUUUAAGUUGCCACAAAAUCUAUGUUGUUAGAAAACAAUCCUCCAAAUUUACUUGUCUCGCAAUUUCGUCC